AUGAGCAACAUCUUCGACUACGAUGCCUGUGAGGGCCGCCUCGCGCAGCGUCGGACUCGCUCCGACCACGAGUACGGCACGCUGCCGGCCCUCGAGGAUAUCCAAGCUGCCCAAGCCUCCCUCCCACGGCCCGGGUCGCCGUCUUUCCUCAGCGGCCGCUCGGACAAGGACACGGUGGCGCACGUCGUCGACGACAUCGUCGCGGGACUCACCGGCCAGGCGCUGUCCCAGCGGUACUACGGCUUCGUCACGGGCGGCGUGCUGCCGCUGGCCGAGUGGGCCGACAAUGUCGUCUCGAUGAUGGAUCAGAACGUCCAGGUGCAUUUGCCCGAGCAGUCGAUUGCCACGUCGGUCGAGGAUGCCGCCUUGAGCAUGCUGGUGGCGCUGCUGAGGCUCGGCGACGAGGGGACCUGGAAGGGCAGGACGUUCACGACUGGUGCCACGGGGAGCAACGUGCUGGGGCUCGCGUGCGGACGGGAGGCUGUUCUUGGGAAGAAACUGGGAGGUCAAGGCAGUGUGGGCGAGCUGGGCUUGCUAGGGGCUUGCAUGAAGACUGGCGUCACCGAGGUCCAGGUCCUGACGAGCGCCGCGCACAGCUCCCUCUCCAAGGCGGCCAGCGUAGUCGGCUUCGGGAGGAGCUCAGUCAAAGACCUUAGGCUGAGCGAGGAGGAGCCGUGGAGACUGGACCUCGCGGCGCUGGAGAAGGCGCUUCGGGUUCCCAGGACAGCCAGCGUCAUCGCCCUCAGCGCGGGCGAAGUCAACACGGGUCGCUUCGCCAUCAGCGGCAUCGACGAGAUGCGGAAGGUGAGGGAAUUGGCGGACAAGUACGGGGCUUGGAUCCACGUUGAUGGCGCAUUCGGCAUCUUCGUUCGUGCUCUUGAGGACAAGGAUGAGUACAAGGUGCUUCACAAGCGAGUCGAGGGCCUUGAGCUGGCCGACAGCAUCACGGUAGACGGUCACAAGCUUCUCAAUGUGCCCUACGACUGCGGCAUGUUCCUCACUCGAUCUCACCUCACUCUGCAAUCCGUCUUCACCAACCCCAACGCCGCCUACCUCUCCUCCGGUUCCCAAGAUUCCAUCCCCUCCCCUCUCAACAUCGGCCUCGAAAACUCCCGCCGCUUCCGUGCCCUGCCCGCAUAUGUCGUCCUCCUGAGCGAGGGGCGCCCUGGCAUGGCUGGCUUGCUUGCCAACAUGGUCGAGCUCUCCCGCCAGGUGGCCGCCUUCCUGCGCUGCUCGGAGCACUACGAGCUGCUGCCCGACGAGAGUGCCGACCUCGACGAAAUCUUCAUGAUUGUGCUGUUCCGGGCAAAGGAUGCUGCGCUGAACGAGGUGCUGGUCGAAAAGAUCAACCAGACGAGGCAGAUGUAUGUCAGCGGGACCAAGUGGGAGGGACAAAAGGCGGUGCGAAUGGCCGUGUCGACUUGGAAGGUGGAUGUUGCCAGAGAUUACAAGGUUGUGACAUCGAUCCUGGCUGAUGUUGCGGAGGGCAAAGAAUUCGACAUCAAGAGCUGCCGAGAAUAG